CCCUCCCCUUCCCUCCCCGCCGCCGCUCCGCCAGGGGCUGAGCCGGGCCCCCCUCGCCGUCCCCGGGCUCGCACGGCCGCGGCUGCCCUGGCCCCAGAACCGCUGGUUCCUCCCACAGACAACACCGACGUGUUCGUGCCUUACAUGAGAAGUGCCCGACCCCGGCCCCAAACAGGAAUGGUCACGGACCAGCACCUCGGCCCUCCCACCGCGCUGCUGUGAGUCUGAAGAGUGGUGGUAACUCCACAGGAAAGUUAAAUGUCUUCAGAGGACAAGGAAGCUCAGGAGGACGAGCUGUUGGCUCUGGCCAGCAUCUAUGAUGAAGAUGAGUUUAAGAGAGCCGAGUCUGUCCAAGGAGGAGAAACAAGAAUUUGUCUGGAGUUGCCUCAAGACUUCAAAAUUUUUGUGAGUGGUUCAGGCAGUUCCACAGAAAGCCUCCAGAGCAGUGGGUUCGAGUACUCCGUGUGCUUCCUGCCUCCCCUCGUGCUGAAUUUUGAGCUCCCACCCGACUACCCAUCGACAUCACCACCUGUGUUCACCCUCAGUGGGAAAUGGCUCUCCCAGGCCCAGCUCAGCGCUCUUUGCAAACACUUGGACAAUGUGUGGGAAGAGAAUCGAGGCUGUGUGGUCCUAUUUGCCUGGAUGCAGUUUCUGAAGGAAGAAACACUGAGUUACCUGAAUAUUUCGUCCCCGUAUGAGUUAAAAAUGUGCCCUCAAGGGCAAGCACAGAGUCGGACGCCGUUGGGGCCUCUCGACCCUGGGAAGGACUGUGGGGGUGCAGCAGGCUCUGCCACAGCUGAGGAGGAAAUCAUGGAUGCCAGAGCUGUGCAGGACGUGGAGUCGUUGUCAAGUCUGAUCAGGGAAAUCUUGGACUUUGACCAGGCCCAGAGGAGGAAGUGCUUUAACAGUAAGAUGUAUUUGUGCAAUAUCUGCUUCUGUGAGAAGCUGGGCAGCGAGUGCAUGCACUUCACCGACUGCAGCCACGUGUACUGCAAAGCCUGCCUGAAGGACUACUUUGAGAUUCAGAUCAGGGACGGGCAGGUCCACUGCCUGAACUGCCCCGAGCCCAAGUGUUCUUCUGUCGCCACUCCUGGCCAGGUGAAGGAGCUGGUUGGAGAGGAGCUCUUUGCCCGCUAUGACCGGCUGCUCCUGCAGUCCAGCCUGGACCUGAUGGCCGAUGUGGUGUAUUGCCCCCGCCCGGGCUGCCAGACCCCCGUGAUGCAGGAGCCCGGCUGCACCAUGGGCAUCUGCUCCUGCUGCAACUACGCCUUCUGCACCCUCUGCAAGAUGACCUACCACGGGGUGUCUCCGUGCAAGGUCACCGCAGAGAAAUUAAUGGAUUUACGAAACAGCUAUUUGGAAGCAGAUGAGGCAACUAAAAGAUUUUUGGAACAACGUUAUGGCAAGCGAGUGAUUCAGAAAGCCCUUGAGGAGAUGGAGAGUAAGGAAUGGCUGGAAAAGAACUCUAAGUCUUGUCCUUGCUGCGGGACUCAUAUAGAGAAGCUCGAUGGCUGUAACAAAAUGACGUGCACAGGGUGCAUGCAGUACUUCUGCUGGCUCUGCAUGGGCUCUCUGUCCAGGGCCAACCCCUACCGGCACUUCAAUGACCCUUCUUCCCCCUGCUUUAACAGAUUGUUUCAAGCCAUGCACAUCGAUGAUGGGGAGUACUGGGGAGUUGAAGACGAUGACCAGUAGCUUUCUCCAGCAACAAAAGGUGAACAAACCAGAGACAGAUGCUUUUUUUUUUUGGUGUCCUUUGUUUGCUUUUCACUUCCAUUGUGUGAUAGAAGAGUGGUAACUACCCUGCACUGCAGGAUACUCACACCUCAGAGCCUGUUGCCAAAGCCAAAGGAGACCCCAUCCUGGGGUCAGGAUCAUCAUGGAAUGCCCUAACAAUCACAUCGAUUAUUAAAGACAUACCAUAUUAAAUACAACCAGUCAGAAGUUGGAAAAUUAUUGGAAAAAUAUAUACCAAGAGAUGCCCCUUUUUUAAAAGCAAACAGAAGCCUCAAAUCAUGGAGAGAUUUGGGGAUUUCUUUAGGGAGACCAACAUAUGGAGACUCUUGGAUCAUGAAUAUUGUGGGGGUUUGGGCAGUUUGUUAGAGCUGUAGAGCUCUUUCUGGAGCUGUUCAGUGGUGCUGCUUGGACUGGGGAAGUUUAGCAACAAAGUUUGUUGCUUUUAUGAAUUUCCUUACGUGUUUCUCUGAAAAGCAGCUCAUGGUUCUGUCACUGGUACUUUCUAAUGACAUUAAAGCUGAUUGUCCCCAACCUCCUUCUCCCUGGCUGUUGUGCCUGGGCCUUUGCAUCCCUGAGUGCUUGGGCAGAAAAUGACCAACAGCCUUUUCCAGAAAUUUCUGUCAGGUUGGUGACUCAACCCAGUGUUCCUGUUGGAUUCACUGCCAUUGCCUCUCCUUGUUUCUCCAGCGAUGAGUGCUAAGGCAGUGACCUGAGGAUGUGAGAGGGUGAAAAGUACCAGGCAAAGAUGAUUCUUCAAGAUACUGACAAUUACCUUGUAUUCUCAGACGACGAAGUAAUUUAUUUUUAUUAACUCUUCACAUAAGAAAUUUGAUUAGUUGAUACUUUUGCUUCUGGACUAGAUCCCUUGCUUCCACUAGUUUUGGACUUCAAAUUAUUCAGAAAGCAAAUUGUUUUCCCUAAAAUCUCAGCAAGUAGUUUUAUAAACAUGAAGGUGAUUACCAGAGGGAACCACUAACUUUUUACAAGUUUUUCCACUUGCAGAAAAGUUUAAAAGUUUAUUUGGAAAUUAAAGCUACGUGUGCUGUGUUCAAAAGUAGUAGGGCAUGGAGGGAUAGGUCAGGAGAUAGAAGACUCUUCAGAAACUCAAAGUGAUCACCUCUCACUCAGUUUUUACUGAUAGUUCAUAAAUUUAUACUGGGAUAUGUGGCCAAAAUGAGUGUUGCUUCAGUUCCUUUCCCAGAGGAUGAGAGUCUAUUCUGUCAGAAGAGGCAGAGAUUAAAAAGAUGAGAUGGUGAGGCUGAAUCUCACCUCAGUUUAGGCUAUAGGUCAGCGUGUAGGAAAAGUUUACAUUGUGUAUGAUUUGAAUUGCAUUUCCUGCACCUUUCACAUGCACUAAAUUCACUUUAAGAUGGUAAAUACA